AUGCCACCCCCGCCACCACCCCCUCCUCUUGCUACAGGUACUGCAGAAUCAUCCACCAUUAAGCAGGAAGGAAAUGGAGAAGGAGCAGAAGCAGGAAUAAGACUAGGGCUGAAAACUAAUUCUGGAACCCAUGCAGAACCUACUGGAGUGGAUGUUCCGUCGUUGACAUUGAGAUCAGGUGCGGGCGCAGGUGAUGCAAGUAGAAAUGGUAAAAAAAAUAGUGAAGGGCCAGGCCCGGGACCAAUAACGGCGCCACCGACGUCGACGCCCCAAAUAUUUAAAGCAACUUAUUCAGGUGUACCGGUAUUUGAAAUGAUUUCCAAAGGAGUGGCGGUGAUGAAACGAAGAUCGGAUUCAUAUUUGAAUGCAACUCAGAUCCUGAAAGUGGCCGAGUUUGAUAAACCACAGCGGACCAGGAUUUUGGAAAGAGAAGUCCAGAAGGGAGAACAUGAAAAAGUCCAAGGUGGAUAUGGGAAAUACCAAGGAACAUGGGUUCCUUUCGAACGUGGGCUUCAACUGUGUCAGGAAUACAAUGUGAUUCAACUGCUUCAACCUCUUUUGGAUUAUCAAGCCACCCAGGCGAGUCCUCCCUUGGCACCAAAACACGUCACAGCAGCAUCAAAUCGUCCACGAAAACCACGCGAGCCUCGAAUAGCAUCACAAAUAGACGAUGCCUCUUCUUCUACUAAUACAUCGUACCAGCGCGAUUCUUCACCGAGCGUACGAAGUAAAAUGAAUAGGAGAUCAACGUCACGCACGAGGGCUUCUGAUCAGGAUGAUCGCAAGUCUACAGCCUCAUCUACUAUGACAGCCUCUGCCAUUGCGGGGGGAGGAGCUUCAACAGCAAUGAUGAAUACACCAUUAUCGACUUCAUCGUCUCGUGGACCGUAUGCAGAGACCCUUCUUGAAUAUUUCAUCUCAGAUGGAGUGAGUGGACUGCCCAAAAUCCUGACCAACCCACCUGCAGACAUAGAUUUUAACGUCGUGAUUGAUGAUGAAGGCCACACCGCUUUACAUUGGGCUGCAGCAAUGGGGAAGGUAGAUGUGGUGAAGCUCUUGAUCCAAAGUGCUCAUGGUGGUGUUGAUACGUAUAAAGUCAAUACAGAUGGUCAAACGGCUCUGAUGCGCAGCGUGUUGUUCAGCAACAAUUUCGAUCAACGAUGUUUCCCAGCGUUAUUGGAACUAUUGCAAAAGACAAUCUUUACGAUCGAUAAGGAUGAUAAAACAGUGUUCCACCAUGUGGCUGAGACUGCAGGUCAACGAGGCAAGAUUCAUGCAGCCCGUUACUAUUUGGAAUGCCUAUUGGAGAAGUUGGCUCAGCAUCCCUCAGAGUUGGCCUCCAUCAUUAAUGUUCAGGACCAUGUUGGAGAUACAGCACUGACGAUUGCGGCGAGGUUGAAGAUCGGAGGUAAAAGAGUGGUCAAGAUGUUGGUCGAUGCAGGCGCUGAUCUCAAGAUUCGUAACCAUAAUGGCAAAAAUGCAGAAGAUUACUUACUGGAAGCAGAACAGCAACAGCAGCAAGCUGGGUCAGCAUUGCCUUUAUCAAGUGGUGUCAAUAGAAGCAACAAUAAUCGUCCUUCACAACCUUCUGGCUCCUUUGGUGCACAGGGUGUGAUCCCAACAGUGAGCGAUCUCUUUUCACGAUUAACACAGUCGUACGAAAAGGAUAUUUUUGAAAAGGAUCAAGAUAUCCAGGAGGCCCGUAGUUUGUUACAAGGGAUCCAAGCUGAGGUUCGAGAAGGUCACCGAACCAUCCAUGAGCUGAAACAAAAGACCGUAGCCCUGAGUCAAGCAGAGGAACAAAUCCGAGUGUUAGAGACUAUGAUUAAGCAAGAAAUCCAGAUUCGGCAACGAUUAAGAUUAGAGGAACUGAUUGCGAUCGAAGAAGAGAGAUUGAGAAGUGAGCUUUUGGAGCAAGGGAGUUUGGAUGAAAAAGAGAUGGAUGUGGAUGCAGUCGUUCCAGCUCUUGAAACAGAAUCUGAGCAGCUGCGGGUCAAACUCUCAGAGCUACAGCAACGACGCAAAGAUCGUGUGAAUCAGAUAGUUCAGAUGAAGAGCCAAGAGGGCAGGAGGCGACAUGAGUACCAACGGCUAAUUGCUUUAUGUUGUAAUGUCUCGAUUGACCAGGUGGAUGAACUGUUGAGUCCGUUAUUAAACUCACUUGGGGAGGAUGCUGCUGCAACUGCCAACACCGCAACUGCUCCUAUUGCUUCUUCUGGCCUUGCUGCUGCUACAGCUUCUACUCCGGCUGUCAACGCCACUACAGCUACAGAACAGAAUUCAAAAGAUGUAAUUGCUACCGCCAAUACCACUGCAGACCAAAUAAGCGAGAGUAGUGCAGCUGCAGAUGCCGGUUCUGUGACAGUUGCUAGUGUUGGCGCAAGUUCUAAUGGCACUGCGAUAGUUGAUACAGAUGUCGAAAUGGCUGACACAGUAGUGGAGGAAGUCCAGGAUGGAAAGCUUUAA